AUGGAAGAUUAUAUAGGUGCCAAAUGGUAUGGUUUUAAAGAUGCCGAAUCUGGUAUAGAAAGAUAUGAAUGGAGAGUUGGUACAACGGUUGGGGGAGACGAUAUAUUACCACCCAAAGCUUUGCCUGUUGUACAACUAACUUAUAUAUCGAACCUACCGAAUAAUAAACUAUUGCCACUUGGUAUAAGAAUGUAUAUAACCGUUAGAUGUUAUAAUAAAGCUGGCUUAUAUACCGAAUCAACCUCUAAUGGUUUUACUAUUGAUGUAACGGUUCCUGUUCUAAGAAAGAAGCCCAUACUUGCACCAACGUUCGGUAGUAUUUUACCGUAUACAACCAUUAGUAGAACCAGUAUUAAAGUUGAAUGGGAAUUUACUGAUGAUGAUUCGGAUAUAGAACGACAAUACAUAUCUAUUUCUCCACAUGUUUUGGGUGACUUCAACGCUUCAGCAAUGAUGAUUCCCAGUGUUUUAACUGAGUUUCAGUUUUCAAAUCUGGAUUUACAUGAUGGCAGUAAAUAUAAAGUGAAACUUAUUGGAUGUAAUUUAGCUGGUUUGUGUCAGUCAGCUGUUAUUGAUGAUAUUACUGUCGAUUCAUCACCACCAACCAGAGGAAUGUUUGCUAUCUCUACUGAUCAUGCUGCUAAUUUAAAUCGUCACCGAGAUAAUUGGAUGAGAUGGUCAACUAAUGCUAUCAAUAUAUCAUGGCUGGGAUUCUCGGAUCUACAUACUGGUAUUAAAGAAUAUAUUGUUAAUUUGGGAACUCAGCCAUUCUUUUGUGAUCUUCAAAAGAUACGAAGUGAGUGCUGGCUAUUUAAAUGA